AUGCAACGUCUGUGUGGUAGCCACGCGAAAAUGUCUCGAUCAUUUUUAGUCGACACUCUGAUCAGUGACACGAAGGACUCAAAGAAAUCUGAGAUGGCCAGCGACUCUUUCAAUCCAUACACAAGUUUAAUCGGCUCACACUUAGAUCCACGACCCAAGUUCUUGCCGUACCCAUAUCCGGGAAAUUUGAACAAUCUUCUAAGUUUCGGUCUGCAACAUCAAAGGUCACCGGAUCUGUUCAGGCCGUUUUUGGAGCAACUGCACUUCAGAUAUCCGAUGCUCCAUCAGCUGCCGCGUCAACCGGAAUUAGUGGAGAGCCAAAAUGAGCCGAGGCCUUUUGAUAGCUUUCUAAAAACCGAGGAUCAAGAGCCGGUGAAUUUCGUGAAUCGAAGGAAGAAGUCUGUAUCGCCAUACUUGCAUCACCCAUAUAAAACAACUUCACCAUCUAAAAGUCAAGGUCAAAGAUCACCUUCUUUAUCAAGCGACAGCAGAAAUGGAACUCCCAGUCCACCGCUGGCUCAUCCAGAAGAACUUCUCCCGGGAUACUCAAAGGACUUGAAACGUUUACCUUUAAAAGAAGAUUCCAGUAAACGCAUCAGAACCGCAUUCACCGGCACUCAACUUCUAGAAUUAGAAAGAGAGUUCUCAAUGAACAUGUAUUUGUCGAGAUUGAGAAGAAUAGAGAUCGCCUCGCGACUGAAGCUCUCUGAGAAACAAGUGAAAAUUUGGUUCCAGAAUAGAAGAGUGAAGUUGAAGAAAGAAGAGUCUCCGUUGUCUUCUGCCGAAGGGAAAGUUAAAAAGUGCUGCUGCUCUAAGUCCUGUUCCAAGAACCAGGAGUCUUCGUGUGAGAAUGAACAGAUAGACGUUGUCAGUGAUGAAGGUUUUCAGUCGCGGCAUUUGUCACAUUAUCAUUAG